CACUCACUUUUUCUCUCUCAAAUCUCCCUAAUUUAGCCCCACGACCAGACAAAAUUCGCCGACUCACGGACGCAAGGUCCGCCGCCUCUCCUUCUCCGGCGACGAACGCCGCCGGUCACUCUACCCCUCCGACUCAAAGACCCCGCCCAGACAAACAUCUCGCGCCGCCUCCCUCUCAAAAUCGGCGGCCGCAGCAGCCGACAAGGCCUACCGCCGCCGCCUGACGUCCCUCGAAACAGACCAGCGAACAGCAGCAGAUAGUUGCAGCCAUCGCCCACAUACUCCAUCUCUCUGCUCAAUUCCGGUCGACAGCAAUGGCUCCUUGCAGCCAGCGUCGCCGCCCGGACUUUACCCGACUCGACUCACACACACACCGAAGUAACAACCCCGACGCAGCCAGUUCAAAACAAGAAAUAAAAAUCGAAGCUUCAAAGAAAAAAGAGGGAGAAGAAAUUACCAAAGAAGAGAGAGAAGAGGACUGGGAGGGAGAGGAAGACGAUGACGACGAGUAUUAUCUGUCAUCGGAGUCGGAAAUAGCGGAGGCGUUGGACUUUUUGGACUCGAGAGAAGAUGCAGAGGGCGGUAUACUCGACGGCUCUUUUACGCCGCUGCACACGCGGCGGCCGAACGCUCACGGUGGGCUCCACUCGCGACCAAACAACUCGUCACUUCAGCCCAUAUCGAAUAAGUCGCAGAAAGUUGCGAAUCACAUCAGGGCUUCGCCGUUGGAGGAGUGGGAAGGAAGGUUCGAUGUAGGGAUGUCAAACUCAGUCACCACUGCCAUUCGUGGGAGUGUUCGUGAUAUGGCUAUUGGUAAGACUAAAACAACUGAGAAAGCAGAUCGUGCAACUGUUGAGCAGGCAAUUGACCCUAGAACCCGUAUGGUGUUAUUCAAGAUGCUUAAUCGGGGUAUAUUUAAUGACAUCAAUGGCUGCAUUUCAACUGGAAAAGAAGCCAAUGUCUACCAUGCUACUAAAUCCGAUGGUCAGGAGCUCGCUAUCAAGGUUUACAAAACAUCGGUCCUCGUAUUCAAGGAUAGAGAUCGCUACGUACAAGGUGACUACAGAUUCAGACAUGGGUACUGCAAGCACAACCCUCGAAAAAUGGUUAAAACAUGGGCCGAGAAAGAAAUGAGGAAUCUCAUGAGGUUAAAAGCGGCAGGAAUACGGUGUCCAGCUCCACUACUUUUGAGACUCCAUGUUCUGGUGAUGGAAUUUAUAGGCAAGGCAGGUUGGGCUGCUCCUCGGCUCAAAGAUGCUGAUUUAUCUGACGACAAACUACGCGAAUGUUAUGUUGAGAUGAUUAUGGCGAUGCGGACAUUAUAUCAAAAGUGUAAGCUAGUGCACGGAGACCUUAGCGAGUAUAAUAUACUUUAUUUUGAGGGUCACUUGUACAUUAUCGACGUUUCACAAUCAGUUGAUCUCGACCAUCCCCAUGCCCUUGAUUUCCUUCGAGAGGAUUGUAUUCAUGUCUCGGAUUUUUUCAAGAAACAUGGGGUGGCGGUUAUGACAAUACGGGAAUUGUUCGAUUUUAUAGUCGAUCCCACCAUUGAUGAUGAUUCUGUGGACAGUUAUCUGGAAGAGGUACAAAAGAAGAUCUUGGCUAGAGGCGAUGAGAUCUCUGCUGAAGAAGAAAUCGCAGAUUUAGUAUUCGUCCAGACAUACAUCCCGAAGACUUUGGACGAUGUAAAGCACGCGGAGGAAGACGUGCAACGUAUCAUCAGCGGGAAGGACACUGGAGAAAUGUACUAUCAGACGAUCACAGGUCUCAAGUCGGCCCUCUCUCUGAACAGUUCAUCCCAAGCAGAAACGGGGCAGCAGCAACGCGGUGGCAAGCUUGGAAACGAUGGCCCCGAUGAAUCAUCCCCUGGCUUACCAGAUGGGGAAUCAGAAACUGAAACUGAGGAAAGUGAUGAGGACUCAGACUCAGAAGACGGCUCGUUUUCUGAUGGCGAUAAGAAGACUCCAGCGGAGAGGAAAACGGCUAGAAAAGAGAACAAGAAGAAAGUUAAGGAAGAGAAGAGAGAGUCGCGCAAGAACAAAGUUCCCAAAGCUGUGAAAAAGAAGAAGAAGAAGCUGGCAAAAGCCAAGAAGACUCGAUGAGAAACUUCCUAAGAAGGCCUAAUUCCUAACUAGUUUUAGAGAGUUUUGUGCUGUUUCGAGUUCUUGCUUCAGGCUGCAGGUUUCCCUCGUCAUUUUACAAAAAAAUACAUAUUUACGUACAUGGUUGUAAUCGCGGUAUGUAAAAGAGACAGCUCAAAUUUGAGCAUUUUUGAGAGCCUUUCAUUUUCCUUCCGCAUGAAAAUGUCACGCAUAAAA